GAGUAGUACACGAAGGGGAAGGGGAAAGUUGCCUUGCCGCUAAAUCAUCUUACUUUAUCAGUGUGUAUAUUGUUUACCUUUCUUUGCGUUGUUGCCGGGGUCAGGUGGGUGGAUAGGAUUGUGUUCGGUCCGGGCUUGGGCUAAGGGGCGUGGUGAGGGUGGAGGCGUGGCGGGGAGGAGCAAGGUGUGUUGCUGGCGAGUGGUGGACGCUCCAUCCAGGGAGGAGGGAAGAGUAGCGAAGCGAGAUCCAGCCACGAACGAAGCGACUGGCUGAGGCUCGCCGGUAACUCUGUGGGCUGCAAAGCCUCAGUGUGUUUUGAGGCAGUGGACGCGGAGGGUGUGUGUUGCGUGCCCCUCCGUGAUGUUUGUGUCAGUGCACUUUCGCCACGCCCUUGUCACAUUGCCAGGAGCUAGUGCUGUGGUGCUUCGUGGCUUUCCUUCUCAAUAGUUCCUCGUGCGUUACCCAAGGAAAAAAUCCAUGUUCGUUGCCCGAGUGUUGCUUUGGUGGUGGUGUUGGUAGUGAGGUGCAAGCAUGAGGUGGGAGUGGUUACUGUUGCUGGUGGGGAUGGUGGUGGUGAUGGUGGUGCCAGCGGGAGCGUUCGUGGUAAUAGUGCCCGACACAACCCCCGUCGGGGACACCGUCUUCCACGCGGGCAUGGACGGACCCACCCACUAUAAGCUGGACUCGCGCCGCACUUCCACUUACGUCCACAAACUAUUCCACGUGGAUCGCCACACGGGCGCCAUCAUCAGCAAGCGUUCGUUGGACUGCUCGGGGACCUUCUACACCAACCCUGUCACGCUGUGGCUGGAGGCGUGGUCUGACAGGCCAGGGACACCCAUGGACUAUGCCACCGUGCCCCUGAGGCUAGUUGUCACUGGGGACGCCUGCCGCCACCACGCCUCCGUGCUGGAGCGGGAAGUGGCGUCCUGGAUAGAUACAGCAGCUCUCUCUCUGCCCCUGCCCGACCCCGACCCCUCCGAUCCUGAGCUGCUGUGUCUGCGUCGCUCUCAGGUCAUUCUGAGGAUCCCUGACCUGCUGCCUCGCUCCCUCCACACCUGUAAACUCGACUUUACUUCCGUGUCCGACCACCGUGUCACCGUCGAGCCCAUGGGUGGUGACCUGGUGAGUCUGCUGGACACCUGCCUCUCGGGAGUCACGAGAAUCAAGCUGGGUGUGAGAGUGUCCUCCUGCCCGGGCCUCAAGUCAUCCUUCGACCAUGACCUCAUCUUGGUGCUUCACAACGCCGUGGAUGCUGGUGACGAGAUGCACAUACGUCGCAUCCGUCGCCAGAUGCAGACCGCGGCGCCGUAUUUCGAGCGGACACUGGAGGUGGCUCACGUGAUGGAGGAGUCUGAAAAGGGCACCGCGGUAACGACGGUAACAGCCACAGACCCUGAGAACGCACCCCUCACCUACUCCAUCGAGGCUGUGCUGGACCGCCGCUCGCAGAGAAUGUUCGCCGUGGACCCGUCGAGCGGCCUCGUCACCACCAACACGCGCCUCGACAGGGAGCUCGUUGACGUGCACUACUUCCGCGUGAAGGCCGUGGACAAGACCUCGUCGCCGCCGCGCUCAGCCACCACCACGCUGCAGAUCAUUGUGGACGACGCCAACGACCACUCUCCGGUGUUUGAAAGGGAGGAAUACGACACGUCGGUACGGGAGUCCAUCAGCGUCGGUUCCACUGUGCUCACCGUCCGGGCCACUGACGAGGACUCUGGACCUAACGCUGACCUUCGCUACACCAUCCUCAACCCAACAGGCCCCAACGAGGUGUUUCGCAUUGACCCCAAGUCCGGCGAACUGUCCACCCGCCUGCCGCUGGACCGCGAGAAGAACUCUCACUACACCCUCACCGUACAGGCCGAGGACGAGGGCGCCGCACAGUACCGCCUCACCGCCACCACCCACGUCACCAUAAAUGUACUCGACGAGAACGACAACUACCCGCAGUUUACGGGGCGGACUUACACGGUGGAGGUGCCUGAGGACAUCAGUGCCGCCACAUCGCCAGUCAUCGCUCAUAUACAGGCCAGUGAUCAGGACGGGGGCAAGAACGGCCACGUCCGUUAUGCUAUUAUCGGCGGCAACACGGCAGGACACUUCACUAUUGACGGUUCGACCGGUGACAUCCGUGUAGCAUCGCCGCUGGACCAUGAAACCAAUCGUCAGUACCGUCUGGUGGUGCGGGCCCAGGACGGGGGGUCGCCGCCCCGUUCUAACACCACGCAGCUCCUCGUCAGCGUGAGGGACGUGAACGAUAACGCGCCGCGCUUCUACACGCCGUUGUUUCAGGAGACGGUCCAGGAGAACGUGGCCGUCGGUUACUCCAUCGUGCGCGUGCAAGCCUUCGACAACGACGCGGGCGACAACUCUCUCCUGACGUACAUGAUCGAAGGGGGCGGCGAUAACUUGCCUGUGGAGGUAGAGAAGACAGCAGGGUGGGUGGUGACGCGGCGGGAGCUCGACCGUGAGGAGAACUACCUGUAUACCUUCACGGUGGUGGCACACGACCACGGGGACCCACCACAGUCGGCCUCUGCCACGGUGGUCCUCCAGAUCCAGGACCAGAACGACAACGACCCUGUCUUUGAUCCCAAGAACUACGAUGUGUCGGUGAGCGAGAGUGACUUGCCUGGCAUGCCUGUGGUCACGGUCACGGCCACAGACAAUGACGAAAAUCCCCGCCUCCACUAUGCCAUCACGUCGGGUAACGAGCGAGGACGCUUCUCCAUCACAGCGCAGAAUGGCAGAGGACUGAUAUCGCUCGCACAGCCCCUCGACUACAAGCAGGACAGGAAUUACGUGCUGACGAUAACAGCCACGGACGCCGGCGGCCGCUUCGACUCAGCCAACGUGUACGUAAACGUGAGCGACGCCAACACCUACCCGCCUCAGUUCGACAACACGCCUUACUCGGCCACCGUGUUCGAGGACGCGCCGGAGGGUAGCACAGUCAUCAUGGUGGCGGCCUCGGACGGGGACACGGGAGAGAACGCCCGCAUCACGUACUCUCUGAGCGGCGAGACGGUGCCGGAGUUCGUGAUCCACCCCAGCACCGGCGCCAUCACCACCAGCAAGCCGCUGGACCGUGAGGCACAGGGCGGCUACCUCCUCACCGUGACGGCGCGCGACAACGGCAACCCGCCGCUCUCCGACACUACCGAUGUGGAGAUCACGGUGGUGGACGUGAACGACAACUCGCCGGCGUUCACCGAGCCCGCCUACCGCGCCUCCGUGUCCGAGGACGCCGGGGUGGGCGCCUCUAUCAUCCAGCUGAAGGCACACGACGCCGACGCGGGCCUUAACGGGCGCGUGAAGUACUCCUUCCAGGGUGGCAACGACGGCAAGGGCGCCUUCACUAUCGACGAGACCUCCGGCAUCGUGAGGACGGCGCGCAUGCUGGACCGCGAGACCGUGGAGCAGUACUCGCUGGUGGCAGUGGCGCUGGACCACGGCGCCCCCGAGCAGUCGUCCUCCGUGACGGUGGUGGUGGACGUGCUGGACAUCAACGACAACCCACCCAUGUUCGACACUGACCACAUCCAGCUAUACAUCGCUGAGAACAUGCCGGUGGGCUCCACGGUGGGCGAAGUGCGUGCCAGGGAUCCGGACGCCGGCGCCAACGCCAACAUCCAGUACCGUAUUAAUGGUGGAGAAGACGCCAAGAACUUCAUCAUGGUGGCCCACCCGAACGAGGGCCGCGCCGAACUAGUGACUUACAUCGACCUGGAUUACGAAUCGCCCAAGAAAAAGUACCACCUCAACGUGCAGGCCACCUCGGACCCUCUGCGCUCCGACAUUCCCGUCACCGUGCACGUUGUGGACACCAAUGACAACGCGCCGGUGCUCUCGGACUUCCGCAUCAUAUUCAACAACUUCAAGAACCACUUCCCCGCCGGACCCAUCGGCCGUGUCCCCGCCGUGGACGCCGACGUCACGGACCAGUUGUCCUACCACAUCGUGAGUGGCAACAAGGCGGGGCUGCUGGAGGUCAACAAGGACUCCGGGGACAUCACCCUAUCGCCGUCCCUCAACACCAACGUGCCCAUCCACGCCACCAUGGAGGUCUCCGUCUCAGGUAAGCCUCCGCGGACACCUGGCACACCUGGGCUUACGUCAAGUCCCUCCUUCACCCCUCUCAACUCCCUGCUCCUUCACACCUCCAUCAACACCUUCAGCUCCACCAAAACACAACACGAGCACAAGUAA